AUGGUGGUCCUCUCAGAUAGAGUGUUUUUCUGCGUCUUCUUCUACGUGACAGGCGCGGCUAAACUGGUGUUAUCCAGUAUUGAUGCACCAGCAGACGCGGCAAAAUCUCUUACUCUGUCAGAGCCACUAUCAGAUUUAAAUCCCGCAGAAUCUAGGAUUGCCAGUUUAUCCAUGGAAUCAACCAAGCCAAAGAUGCUCGACCAGCACACGAAUAAUUGGGGUCAUCAUCACGAGCAUGGGACGAUUACCCAGGGGGAGGAGGAAAGGAAGGAUGAGCUGCGAUCGAUGGUAAUUGAUCGUAAUCAGAUUGAGCGUCAGAUCGAGGGACUCAAGUCAAAAUCCUUUGACGGAUUCUCUCAAAUGCUAUUGGGGCUACAGACGCUUCAUCGUGGUCUUUGGACACCCACUAAGGAUAGAGUGCGCAAGAUGGGUGGUCUGGAGACUUCCCUCGAUUUCCUACCGCCCAGAUUGGAUGCUCAGCUCACCACCACUCAAACUGAUUCCUCCCGAAGUACCAAGAAUCAUCGAAUCAAUCUUCCAUUUAUAAAACAUCUACGUAUUUUCAGGACAAAGGAUGAGACAAGAGACGAUCCAGUUGUCUCCAAUGCGCUGCUCUAUAAGAGCAGUUUGCCUGCUUCAAGGACACCAGUCCCGAGCGAUACGUCACACCUUCUCUCAAGCAAACCCGGGGAACUCACCAAAGAUGGGACAAAAAGAAUGCCUACGUAUCUUGAGUUCGUUCUAAGACAAAACAAAAUUCCCAUUGGCGACUUGAUCAUGCAGUCGGCUGAGAAAGAGUCACUCUGGGGACACGAUCUCACAGAAUCGGAAAUGAUUGCCAGUUUAAACUCUUUACAAAAUCGGAUUGAGGGAUUCAAAUCUGUUGACGGAGUGCCCAAGAGCACAGAAACAGAUUUUCAGCUUAAAUACCUGGGAGCUGUCCUUCUCAUGAGGCACUACAUUCUUCAACACGAACUACUUCCAUCCGAAUUGAUCGACAGCGUUGAGAUCUUCAAGGCAAAAAGUAUUGCAGAGAUGGCCGAGCUCCAUGUGCAGCUACUUUUCCGCAGGUGGGGGCACCAGUAUUUCGAUGCCGUUGGCUCGGUAGUCCCGGAGUUAGAUUUUUUAACAUCUGCCCCGGCGGUGGAACAACUUCACGGAUCCAUCAAGGCCCUCCCGGUUGGAGAUCAGGAACAGGUUGUCCGCAUUGUUAUGGAUACUAUAAUCUCACAUGCACCAGAUCACUUCCCUCCGGGAAGAAAGGCGAGUGAACGAUUUGACAAGAUUCGCGAAGCAUUUCGCCAGGUCGACUCUCUCGACCAAGGGCGAAUGAGCCCCGCAACAGAGUCAAACCACCAAGCAGAUUUCUCAAUAAGUUCCUUAGUGAAUGAGCUCAUAAAAUUCUUGCAAGAGCCCGAAGUAGAAACACAACCAUUCCAAAGAAGAAUUGAAUACCAACUCGUUUAUUACAUGUUGGACUACCUUAACACUUUCUAUCACCCGAUCAAGGAGACAGUGAUACAACAGAGGGAGGAUCAUGAGCUUGUUCAAGAUCAACUCAAAUUCAUCAGUGUUUACCUAAAGCACUACCGGAACAAACGUCUAGGUAAUACCUCUCGGGCCGACAUUUUUCAUACUUUGGAGGAAUACCUGGUGAAGGCUAGAUCGGUAAAACCGCAGGAUGUCCCCUUCAAUGAAUGGGUCCGUACCUCUUUUGCAGAGAUAUUCCCUAGCAAAGACUGCUUGGACCCCUCGGUACACACCUCGCUACACUUUAGCCAAAGGAUCAGCGCUUGGAUGACAUUCUAUAAACAGGACUUCUUUAUCGAGGAAAAGAAAAUCGCAGACACUGUGUGA